GAAAAGCGAAGUGAAUAAUUAAUGCAAGCUAUUGAUGAUAAACUGCUGAUUAAAAUAACAUAUUUAUGCCAUUCUCGCUCCCUGCUCUGCCAGGGUUGGAGAAGAAAGAAGACGUCCACCAGACCAGAGCGAGCUGUCACUUUGAUUCGUGCGCAUCGACGGUGAGACGCGAGAUCCACGCGGCCCGUUCUAGCGCUGGAUGGCACCAAAAGAUGCUAAUGAGUGCCAUCCGAGACUCGCUAGCCGGCCAGCCAAGGAUGUCCGAGGAAUCGCGCGUGGCCUCGAACGAUUGCAUGCAUGCGAGAUGAUGUUAAUGAACCGUUUGGGUCACUCGGCCCCAGGACGCAGCCAGGACGAGGGCGAAGGCGCGGGCCAAUGGACGGCAGGUCUAGUCUGGGACGCCCUCGCACACCGAGGCGGUGCCAGGCAAAAAAGGGACGUUCCCAAGGCACUAUAAAAAGCUUCGGCCGGGUCGGUCAAGGCAUCCAGACACAGCCUGCAAACCGCCUCGAGCAGUACGAUUCCGGCAUCCCGGGACCGCUCCUUAGUGUAAUUAGUGUGUAGAUAGGAAGUGGGCCGUUUUCACCAUCACCAUCAACCUGAAUGUAUCAGUAACCUUUCGCCAGGAUCGUACCUGUGUGCCUGCGUUCGUUUUACCGUGUGCGCGUCCUUGGAGCCAGUUGCUUGUCCACGGUCCUGCUGUGAUUAAGUGUUCUUUUGAGUGUCUCUGUGUGUAGUAAGAUAGUUCUAACAAAAAUUGCAAUGUCGUGCGGAAACGUUCUGCUGCUAACCGCACUGCUCGUGGGAUAUUCCUACUGGAGCUUAGCCCAACCAACGAACCUGAUCGAGAUCCGGUGCAAGAUGCAGCGCGACGAAGACAUCAGCACGUGUAAAUACGGCUUCUACAUGACCACCUGCAAAACGUUUGCCUGUUGGAAGGGCCCGAACGAACCGUGCGGCGGCGAGCUGAGCAACAACAUGCUGUACGGCAAGUGCAAGUCCGGGCUGCGGUGCUGCAACGGCCGGUGCACCGGCUGCCUGAACGGGGUGUGCAGCGACUCCUGCCACCCGUCCAAGCUGCACAGCUUCCAGCAUCGCUCCGAUCCGUACAUGGUGGAGGAGCGCCACCUGAGCCCGCUCUACCGGUUCUUCGACUACUACAGCAACGAGUAAGGCGGCUGCAGUCACACUCCGCCGAUCAACCCGAUCACCACAGUCACACAGUCACCCGCACUACCCCGAUACUUACGCCGAUCGAGCAAAAGAAGAAGAAGAAGAAGAAAAAAAGAUAAAUAAACGCUUCGCAACACAACGUGUCGCAAUGGUAGCCACUUCAAACGAUGCCAGUGAGCUUUGCCAUUCCGCGCAACGAUCUCCGCUCUCCUGUCCGCUGUCCGGAGAUCCUGGGAACAUUCCACCAUCCGCAGCCCCUCUAGACAGUUUGCUUCUACUUAGAUAAGAACACGUAUAGCCCUUCAAUAAAGCAGAAAAAAAAGUAAUGUAACAUCUACAUGAACCCAGUGAAAGCACGCUGAACGUUUCGAUGAGAGUGUUGACGUCAUCCGAAACAUCUAGAAUUGAUGGACAGCUCUUUUGGGUUUAAACUUCUAUUGGGGGUUCAAACAAAACCACAACCUGGAAUACCAAUUAAAUACACUCCUACACUAUUUCCUAUACUGCACAGAUCCUGCCGAGUAUUGUUUGUUGACCAGCGGGAGGUACUAGGAACUAUAAUGGUUCCAGGUCCGGAAUAAUGGUGUAAUGGUUUAGUAUCUGUUUCUGUACCAGUAUGGGCACUUUAUCCGUUUCAGCAACCACUAUGAGUGGACUCUUCACAAACAAGAAUCGUCUAGUGCACAUGCCCGUCAUCGACUGAGCUGCUAAUAAGUAACACGAACUAUCCUGUUAUCGGUAAAUCAAUUAUCACUCGAUAAGUGAGUCAGGCCA